AUGUUUUCGAGUCAGUUCGAUGGCAGCUCUCAGUCAACUCAUUCCACCGACUCCGGUCUUUCUUCUGCCAAAAGUCGUGAAGCUCAUGGAAUAAUCCCAGUCACUGUGAAGCGGAUCAGCGAAUCUUCUCAUUCUGGAGAUGAUAAAUCCAAUUUCGUCAUCGAUGGUGUCGAUGCUACCAAUUGGACUUUGGUGCCAUUUGAGAACUCCGCCGAGCUAGUUUCGACAACUGGUUGUGUUGGACUAUGUUUUGCGAUGAUCUUCUUAUGGCUUCUUUGUGCUGGGCAAUCAUUGGUAGUCCUCCAAUGGCCCUCCUCCGAGUUCUUCCAAUGGUCUAUAUUUGUGCUUGGUUGGUUCUGA